AUGGAAAAGCAUGCGCCAAGCAUUCAAGCAAAUGAUUGGCAAGGAACAGGUAUCGAAGCUGGCACACAGACUCUACCAACUCAGGGCGGAUUUGGACAAAAAUCUGCUAUCGAGUGUCAGCAAAGCAGACAUGAAAGAACGGACUGGAGAAUAGAGCUUAUAGAGGCUGUAGCAGAGGAGCGCUGGCGUCACAAAGACAACGACGAACUCUCCCAAUUUUCUUCAUUUAUUUCUGAUGGAAUUGCGACCGACCAUAUGCACAUGCUACAGGCUCAACUGCUUGACCAGCUCUCCCACGCCGAUUUCCAAGAUCGCGAAUCCAGAAUUAAAGCAGCCCAUGCUCGAACUUUCAAGUGGGUGCUUGAGCCUCUGACCACUGAGAAUGAAAAUUCGUGGUCGAGUUUGGUAAACUGGCUAGAAAGUGACGAGAAAAUAUACUGGAUUACUGGAAAGCCUGGCUCAGGGAAAUCGACUUUGCUCAAAUACAUUUGCAAGGACCCCAGAACUCAAAAAUAUCUUAGAAAUUGGGCCAAAAGUCAACCAUUGAUUGAGGCUAGCUUCUACUUUUGGAACUCUGGUAGCUCUAUACAGAUGUCACAAGAUGGCUUGCUACGCUCCUUAUUGUACCAGGCAUUAAGGGCAAAACCGAGCUUGAUAUCAUCUGCAUUCCCUCGCCGAUGGCAGAUUUCCGACCUUCUAUGGAUUGACAAUCGCCAGUGGGAGCUGUCAGAGUUGCAAGAAGGGCUAAGGGUCGUAAUGAGGCAGGCUGCUGAGGCACCAUUUAAGCUGUGUCUUUUCAUCGAUGGCAUGGACGAAUUUUCAGGAAACCACAAAGACUUUGUCGAAUUCGUGAAGAGCUCAGGUAAUUACGAGAAUGUUAAACUCUGCAUUGCGAGCCGUCCUUGGGUUGUCUUUGAAGACGGAUUUGCCCAAGGACCCAAUCUCAGAUUACAGGACUUGACCUACCCUGAUAUUUUCGCUUUUACUACUGAGAGCUUGCAGAGUAGUAGCGACUUCAGAUCUCUUCAAAUAAGAGAAUCUAACUUUGGUUCUCAACUGGUCGCGGACAUCUCUAGAAAAUCCUGUGGUGUAUUUCUGUGGGUAGCACUUGUGGUGAAAUCAUUGAUCGAAGACAUAUCGGACUGUGUCCGAAUAUGCGACCUUCAAAAACGACUUGAAGACAUACCAGACGAACUGGAGGAUUUGUAUCGGAAGAUGCUGGAUAGCAUUGAUACAAACUACGUUGAGCAUGCAUUUCAACUUUUCUCUAUUACUCGAGAGGCUCAAGGAAGGUUGUCAGUCUUAGCCCUUUCUUUCGCUGACGACGGAGACGACACUUCCCUCAUCGACAGGAAACUGGGCCAGAUGUCUGAUGAAGAAGGCGUGGAAAGAUAUAGAGUUGUCAAAAGACGACUAAUGAGUCGUUGUAAAGGUUUCUUAGAGAUUACUAAUGACCAGCAGAAUGAAUUGGGUAAAGGGCAGGACGCAAUAUGGACGAAAAGCGAUAUUCAAUUAUGGAACCAGAAGAUUACAUACCUUCAUCGUACUGCGCGAGACUUCUUGGAAAGUGCUCCUAUACGGGAGCUGAUAGCACUCGAGGUGGGUAAGAUGCUUGAUGCUCCCCUGCGUCUACUUCGUUCGGGUAUUUUCAUCCUGAAAACUAUGUCGGAUGAGCAGAUAUCUCUCAAGAAGAGUUAUAUCUGGGACGUUGUCGAUACUACAUUGAACUACGGCGCGAGAGCUGAAAAGAAUCUCGGUUGUCCACAAAUCAGGCUGAUCGAUGAAAUUGAUGAAACGAUGAGACAACAUGCGGCAGCUGAUGACUCAAUGUCAAAAUUACAGAGUGGGCAUUGGUCUGCACUGCGGCCAGGAGCACAAACGAACAAUGGAUUCUUAGCAUUGGCUGCUCAAUUCAACCUACAGUUAUAUAUUCGAGAAAAGAUCAAAAUCAAUGUACCCAUUUUCUCGGGUAACACUAACCGCCCCCUGCUCGACUACAUCAUCACGGACCACGACAAGUAUCAAGCUCUGGCAGAGAGACUAACCCUCGGCAACUAUUCUAUGCCCAAUCUCAACCUCUUAAGGAUACUGCUCAAAAGAGGUUCAGACCCAAAUCAAGUUUACAAAUCUAAAACACACUGGGAGACUGUUUUAGCACAUUGUAUUGAGAUUUCUCGCAAUUCAGACAUACCUGGGGACAUAGCGAUUGGACUACUUGAGCACUGGUCCAAUGUCGUCGAACUUUUCAUUGACCAUGGAGCAAAUCCAUUAGUCAACCACGACUCUCCUAUAUAUUCCCGUAUUAGGGAGGCUUUUGGGGAUUUUCAACCAGACCGCGCAAGAUACCUUGAGAAAAAAAUAUCUCGAUCGAAGACCAGGAUGUUGACAAGUGGCACUCUUCCAACCCGUCCUCCUUCGACAAACGAUUUAGACCUCACACCAUUCCCGCUUUGGAAUAAGCAACAUAGUCUUGAAUUCCCGGGACUGGUCUUGUCUGAACGCAUAAAAAGAAUACCACUAUCAGACCGUAUGCCGCAUAGGCCCUACACUUGGGAUACGCAGCGUCAUGAUCCGCUUCGAGGAGACAAUCCAGACUUUUUCUCCGCCUGGCUGCGUUGUGAAGCUCCCGUAGGGGUAGCAUAUACAGGCCCUUCAUCAACUCAGGAAGAAUAUUCGUUAACCCAUGAAGAAUCGCCAUCAAGUUUCCUGAACAAUAUGCCAACUACGCAGGAUGCUGAAGAAUUUGUUUCGACACCUUCUCCUAAUCUUACUAUUGCUGACGACUCUGAAACUGAGUUAUCCAUGGAUUUUCAUCCGUCACCAGAAGUUGUUAGUGGCAACUGUCUAGAGAGGCGAGAUAGGACACAAAGAGGGAGGGCUGGUGGAUGGAACUCCCUCUCAAAUGCUAGGCUCAUGGAAGGGCCACUGGUGCAAAGACGACGCACUGUAGAUCAGAAUACAGAACAAGCAUCAGAGCGAUCUCCUCGCUAUCCGCUCGACAAUCUACCUACAGUACGCGAUGUGCCCACGGCCCGAUCUAUCACUAAUUCCCCAGCUCCUGAAGAACUCGCCAACGGUACUUGUGGGUCCUUUGACAACAAAACACUAUCAGAGUUCUCUGCUGAUAAGUGUCGAUAUGCGGACGACUUCAUGAAAAAUCACAAAUCCACUUAUGAGAGAGUGAUCCGAAAAGUAGAAGAUGAGCCUAGCACACCUGGUCACAAUAGCCCCGAGCCGACCUGCCCCGACCAGGGCUCGAGAAUAAAAGUUGCGAUUCUCGAUACUGGGCUUGAUAGAAGGCACCCUUUUAUUCAAGCAAGAAACGAACGGAUUAAAGACAUCCGGAGUUGGGUUAACAAUCUCGACGGAAAACAAGAUCCAAGUACUGGAGAUGUCUCCGGACACGGCACUCAUGUUGCAGACCUCCUACUCGAUGUCGCUCCGGAUUGCGAUGUCUACAUUGCCCGAAUCGCAGAGUACAACCCGAUAGGCCCAGAUCUGAUCGCGAAAGCUGUCAUGCACGCUGUGACUGAAUGGAAAGUCGACAUUAUUUCAAUGUCGUUCGGCUUCACCGAUGAGACUGAGGUUGGCUGUGAUGCACUCAGUGACGCCAUCGCCAUCGCACACUCACGCAGAAUUCUCAUGUUCGCGGCCGCAUCCAACAUGGGCUCCCACUCGCGUCCUGCUUUCCCCGCGAGACACAGCGACGUCUUCUGUAUUUUUGCUGCUGAUGGCAUGGGCAACAGCGCACCGGCGAAUCCCACAGGUGAGCAAUAUGCACCCAAUUUCAGCACUCUGGGGCAAGCGGUGGAGGCUGCAUGGCCGCGGAAGCUUGUAACGGACCCUUUCACGCGGCGGAAGUCCGGGACGUCGUUCGCCGUGCCUGUGGCGGCAGGAAUCGCUGCGAUGAUCCUGUUGUACGCCCAGCAAAACCUCUCGACAAAUGAGGCAAUGAAAUUUAAAGAGUAUGAUAAGAUGCGGGAUAUGUUAUGCCAUUUAUCCGAUAGAAGGGACGCAUAUAAUGUGAUAUCGGCUGUUGGUUUGGCGCCCGGCAACUAUGCAGAGGCUACAAUGCGGAUGGUAUUGGCUGGGAAGUGGAGGAGAAGGUGA